AUGCUGACCAUAUUCACCACAAAAGAAGCGGAUACAGGAGCCGAUAGCCCUUCCAUCGACCGUUUUGAUGAUUCAAUAAUUUUUGACGUCGUCGAGGAAGAUCCACCACCUGAUAAACGUCCGGAAGCCCCAAAAACAACUGUUAAACCAUCGAUCCCUCCAGGAAAUCUACUAAUUAUUAAUUCCCCGGCUCCGUCGAGUCGUGACGAACUUCCAAAAGCUAUUUUUGCCACUGAGUUGCAGUAUGGGGCGGGAAAUCUGACCUACAAGAACGAUCCGGCCAAGGACUUCUUCGAAAUUUACGAAACCUUAAACGAUGGGACGAAGAAGAUCAGACUAAUGCCCAGAAGUUUAUUUGUGAAAAAUGGCACCAAUUUCGUCCCAAAAAAUCAAACAUUCACCAAUCGGCUAUGGGGCUAUUCGCGGAAAUUGGAGUGCUUGAAUCUUACCAUACCCCGAAAUUCCUCCGAACGUUAUUUGGAACUAGCCGAUCUCGUUUGGCUCCAAUACGUACGCGACAUGGUCUUUGGGUACAAUUCAGUGCCGUUUUUGCUUGGUGGUACACUUUUGGGCUGGCUUCGCGAAUGCUCAUUAAUCCCGCAUACUAUGGACCUGGAUUUCGCCAUUUUCGAAGAGGACUUCCCGUUUCAAAUGGUCCCCGAUCAGCUAAAAAGGCCGCAGCCGGGCUUCAGGUUGUGGCGUAUUUUAGGAAAGCCCGGCGACAGCUACGAGCUCACCUUCGCCGUAACCACCAAGAAAUUGACAUUUGGCCUCGAUGUUUUUACCGUCUAUCGGGAUCGCCUGCACAAUUUAAAUUACGUGACGAUGGUGAUAGAGGAUCAAGGGGUUAUUGGGAAGUAUCGAUCCGAAUAUCCUAGUUUCGAAGCGGAUUUCUGUACUGCCGAGUUGCUGGGAAUGGUCUUUCACGUUCCAUGCAAACCGGAGCUUAUUUUGGAGGCAGAUUACGGUAAAGAAUGGCGAAAAGACGUAUCGUCAGUUGGCUAUUAUCCGACGCUAUCGAAAAAUGUCAAACCUAACGGGUCUUUUAAUGCAUCGGAAAAGGCUAACGUCAUGCAGUACUAC